UGAGUCUAUGUGUCCAGUGCAUAUUCAGGACGAGGAUUUGUUGUUUUUCGUGUGAUUAAUUUGAAGGAAGUUUUGGUUUGUGAAAGACACAGCUGUUGCGAUACGCGAAAAUCCUGCUCACAGUUUUACCGUUUUGCUUAAAACAUCCCUUACCCGUACCCGAUUUUGAAUUUUGUAUUUCCCAACCACGGUAAUUAGGCUGUCUAAAGUAUUAUUCAGCUUCUCUCGUCACGAAAAUGAUGGCAAAAGCUUCCUCACGGCUGCCACGUGUUGGAUCACUCGCGGUUCGGCUGGUAUUUUUUCUGACACUCGCAGAAGAUUACUACUACACGAAGAACGUGGACGCGUUAUUUUUGUCCCGACCUACUCGGAAGACGUUUGCUGAAUUGGAAGACGAAGAGCUGGAUAAGCUCGACGAUUCUUCAGAGAAAGCAUAUGAAGAAGUCGUUGGAGACAGCAAGACCGAGAAGAGGAACAAAAAGUUCAGCAGCGGCCGUCCGGCCAGUGCACCAGAUGUUGAACGGGAAUCUAGUACUGCCUCUGCAGAUGAAAAGUCGAAGUCCUCGUCCUUUCUGCAUAAGGGAGUGGAAGUACUAAAACACGACAGCAGGGGAAGAAGAACAGCACGCGAUGAAAAAAGAGCUGCGCCAGCGGUUCUACUAGAACAAAGGGUACACCGCGAGAACCACCAGCAGCGCGCCGGUGCUUUGCGGUUACAGAGACUAGAAAACUCGAGGGGUACUACCGCAAGAACAGCAACAAGCGCAGGAGAUGAUCUUCACGCUGGUUUCAGCUCCAAGCUGAAAAAGCUGUCCGACCGAGGACCCCAUGAAGGUGGUCGUGGACCUUGGCGGUCCCCGCUUGCAUCAAGUCAGUCUGUGACCCCCUCCGUGCCGGAUUUUGUGGACCCUGUGGGGAUUAGAGCGGAGGAUGCGACGAGCAGUGCCUGUUGUGGAGGCGGUGAGGAUGUUGAACAAAAGGAGAGCACCAGUGGUGCCGCGUCGACAAACACGGAUGGGACGAGUGAUGGUCUCGCAAUGAGAGAUUUCCAACGGAACCAGGGCGAAGAAAUGCUGCACGGAGGUCUCGAGGUGACCAAGGAGGCGCGGGAGUGCCACGUGGUCGCGCCGAUCUACAGCAAACCCGGGCGGUUCGAGGUGCGUAGCGCCGCGGUCGACAAGUUGGUUUGGCUCCGCCAGCCGGAACGCACAGCGGCUGUGAAUUUCAGUAGCCACGAAUUCCGCGGCGGUAAGCACAACGGGGCCCUGGUGCACCCCGACGGAGGAACAUCAACAUCAUCUUCCGCAACCUCAGUUGGUGUUCUGGGUACUAGUAGAAAUGGCUUGCUCACAUCUCACGACGAUAGUUUGCUGGUGGCCGGGGGGGCUGUGACGCUAGACCAGGCGAACCAAGCAGGGGUAGAGCAACAAGCGCCAGGUGUUGGAGGAACAACGUCGUUGAACUCUUUAUCGGACGAAGAGCUGGCAGCGAGAAUCCAGACGCUGGUAUUGAACAACGGCUUAGGUAUGGGCACGAUUACCCUGUCCACAUCAGAAGAACAACAAGAAGGCGGCGGUGCCUCGUCGGCUCCCAUGACUGUGGGGGACGUUGAUAUUUUUACUCAUGAGGAUUAUAAUCAAGCCCCGCGCUGGAGGGUGGAAGACGAGGAUGAUGUUGCUCUUCCUGAUCUUCGGCCACAGACGCUCGCGAUCGCGCCGGGACAACGUCCACAACAUCUCGAGCCACCUCGAGGUCUACAACCGGCCCCGCUCGAACGACAACUGCAUAAUUCUGGAGUGAGCGAGGAGACGCGGAGCACAGCUGGCGAAGGAGAUGAACGACUCGCGCCAGGUGGUCUCGCAGAAGUGGACGCAUCAAAUGGCUCCGCCAAACCGAGCGGGAGCCCAGACUCCGCAAGUUCCGGGAACAAACAACCGCAGUCGUUCAACACACUAGCCCUAUUGAGGAAAACUGCCGAGGAGGAAUCCGGGGUGCUAAAUUCGGCUCCGGUGGUCGGAGGAGGUGGUGAAGAUACUGAAGUUGAUACUACAACGACCAGAAAAAUUCCUCCGGCAGAUGCUUCUGCGACUCCCCCUGGCGGUGGUGCAGCUGCCGAUGGUGCAGACCACAGGCAGGAGGCUUUUUUGCAGUUGGGGCUGCACGACCAGCGCUCAGGGCGGACGGACCAACCAUUUCCGUCCGCGGGAACGAUACCUUAUUCCAGCAGGGAUGGUUUCGUCGACCAAGUGUCAUCCUUUUUGUCUGGUGCUUCUAGCAAGAACAGUAAGAGCAGCCAAAUAUUGAAUUUGAUGAGAGUGAAGCCAGUGAAUUCCACUGUUUUUCUGCACGACUUCGCGCUACUGAUGGAAGAGGCGGACAAGCGAAGAUUGAACUGGCAAGAAAGGUCGUGGACAUCUUCAAAUUCUGUCUCCUCUACUUCUGGAAAAAAAGAAACCACAGGACGAGCAGGUCGGGGUGGCGCGGCCUAUGAUGCGCGAGGACUUGUUCCGCCCGCGCCGCCAGGUGAGUAUGGCGAGCUUAGUGGCCCCGAACAGAGUACAACUUCUAGCGAAGCAAGAAACUCUACGCAGCUGAUUUUCAGCUCCAGGGCUCAUCUGAUCGGAACAGACAGCCAGUUGUCUACACUACAACAGCAACAGGCAGGAGCCUCGGUGAAUCCGAACGCGCCGUCGGUGUUAGUGGCUUAUGCCUUGGACGGUCGUUAGCAUACAGAAGGGUGAAUUUGCAGUGAAUUUGUAUUGCAUGACUUGCAUUCACUUCAAAAGAGAAGUGCGCUGCGUAAAGGGCUGGGCACGAGCCCAAGCAGCUCACGCAGCGUGAAGGGCUGCUCGGUGCCAGGUGGCACUUGCAGCACCGAAAGAAGUAGUGGUAGGUCUUGCUGGGGCCCGCCGGACUGUGUAGUGCAUAUGUAACCAAAGAGUGUGGGUCGUGGGGCUCUUGUUCAUCUGCGCGUCUGCCUCAGAAGUUCCUCUCCGGAAUGGUCGGGAGGGAGGGCGACGCCUGAACACAGGGGCACUAGUUCAACACGUGCGCUCUCACGAGUUGUGGUUGUGGCUUGGAAUUGGAUAUCUGGGAGUAGCCUCGGGUGGAAAGGAAGGCACGACUCGGCUACGGGCACUAGCUUGCUUGGCCUGGUGUGCUCGGCUUACAACUCCCCAGGCGUGUUUUUGCCCCCGGAGCAAGUCUUUUUCGAGGUGGCUCUCAGGUCAAGAAUUCUCUUGGUGAAUUUUGAGGCUUUUUGUUUUUGCGACACUUUUUUGAAGCCCCCAAACCCGGAGUUUCUCACGCGCUAGCGAAUUUUGAAAAGGAGCCGGAGGCCAAAAUUCACCGGCGCCCUUUUCAAAAUUCACCCCAAAAUUCACCGGGCGCCCAUUUUCGACCGUGAUAAGCAAACUUUAGCGCAGAAAAGUGCUCAAAAAAGUGCACAGAUAGGCCAUGAGAAGGAACGCAAAGGGGGAAAAAGCGUAGUCCUCUGCUGCCCUAAGCCCGCCUGUAUUCUGCUGAAAAUGCCGCAAGAUUUCACGCGCCUGCCGGGAAAAUGCGUCAAAGCUCUCGGCCGGGUCCUUUCGUCCUUGCCUGCCUUCUUGCUUAGUUGUAUGCGCUUCGCAGCCUUUAUUUCUGGCGUCUUUGCCGCGGCUGCUGCAGUGCUCUUCUGCGAGAACCCGGAGGCGCAAAAACCUGCCCAAAGAACGGCGCCCGGGCCAUGUCCUCUGGCUGCCCACUGCACAAAUGCCCGCGGCUGCUGCGCGGUGCAGGGCCUUCUACUUCCCAGAACAGGGCCAAGAGGGACAAUGUCCCGGCGGGCUCAACUGCAAUUUGGCAUGCAAAAUUCACUACAAAUUCACCACUUCUCAUGCUAACGGGUGUUAAAGCUCUAGUCCCUGGCAGAAGUGAUUCCGAACGCGCCGUCGGUGUUAGUGCACGUGUCGGAGACUAUUACAAUGAAAAAUGCCCCCACCCCCGAACUUGGGAGCAUUUGUAUUGCAAACCUUUCCAAAUGAAACAUUCGCCCUCUUGCAUCUAUCUGCAUCACAGGUUUUCAAUCGUGAAUAGCAAAAAUUUGCAUUGCAAAAGACCCCAGCAAGAGCGGCACUUGUCAUGCAAGCGAUGUGAUACACGCCUACUUUCUGCAUCAGAAAGAUUCAUACUCCUUUCAUGCAUGACAAAAAGUUUUCAUUUGGAAACUUCGCAUCACAAAUUUUUGCAAUUUAGGGGUGGGGGGCACUUUUCCCUGUAAUAGAGACCACCGCAGUGGACAAGAAUCCCCCCAAGACCCUGGAAGACCUGCAGGAAAAGGACCGGGCACGGGCGAUUAUUAAGAGGAAAAAUCCCCCCUCCCCAUAUUAAAAACGCACUCGUCUGAAAAUUUGUGAUGCAGAUUUGAGGUCACAAAUCCUGUCUGUCUUGCGGGAAGGCAAAGCCCGAGAGUCCGCCGCAUUAUGCCGGCGGUUUGUGAUGCUGUUGGGCUUACAGAGCCGAUAUCUGUCAUGCUAGUCCCCUACGUCAAAACCUCGCGACCCAGGCUUGGCAUAUGCCUGCAGUCCUCUCCAGCAAGACAGACCUGAUUUGUGUACGCAGAUCCAGCGUCAGAAACUUCGUUUCGAUAUGGGGAGGGGGGAUUUUUCCCUUUGAUAGCGACGGAGAUGAACUCCCAAGCGCAGUACGACUACGCGGAGGACGGGUCGUUGUUGGACUACAUGCACAGCAGUCAAUCGGUAGAAAUAUCCGAGAUUAUUCCGGCCGGCGAAGGAGCGACCAACGUGACGGUGCCAUUCGCAGUACCGUACGGGAACAAAGCUGGUGAAACUCUACUGGGAAAUAAGAAAAUUCCAAACAAUGAAACUACAGACGGUCGUGAACAAGGUUUAUCACUAGAGCGACUGAAAGCAAGAGAGAUGAACAAGAUGCCGCAGCUUCUGCAGAGUUCCGCUGAAUUUUCUGGAGCCCCCGGAAGUAGUCGGUCCUCCUCGUCUUCUCCCGACGUCGAGGCCGCGGAGCAAGGCGUGCUCGCCCACCGCUACCACAUGGGACAAGGACACUACUACAACAGUUUCGCGGAUGCUGAGGAAGAAGGCCGCAGCCGGCGGCGGUGGCUGCCCACGGACUUCAUGGUGUUUGGGGAUCCACAACUGAAGCCCGAGGACUGGCGCGACAAGCAGGCCCUGGGGCAGAGCGUGUACGUCCAGGUGGUAGAUGGGCGGUACGUUUCGGGGAAGAACCCCGUGCCCUGCCGCACGCUGUUUCAGGUGGACUGCGACGCCGCCAGCCCCAUCAACCGCGCCUCGGCGGCCGGGUUCUGCCCCCCCGAGUGCCCCUUCGUGCAGAUCGACCACUACUUCUCCUGCCUGCUCUCCUGCGUCGCCAAGGAGGAGUGCGGGGUGGUCUCCUUCGGCACCAACCAGGGCCACGUGGGCGCCCGGAAUCCGACCCGGGUGUACGGGAACAACAUCACGAUGCAGUGCGAGGCCUGUCCCCAGGACCGGGGGUGCCUGGAGUGUCCGAUGGACAUGGCCCUGAUCGAAAAGUAUGCGGGCAACAUCACCGCCGGGACCCCGACCGACGCCACGGCCGGGCACAUCAGCAUGCAGCACACGACGAGCGGCAAAAUUCUGGGCGCCUUUUUCACCGAGAACGUGAUUUCGGAGGCGAUUUCCAACCUGGGGCGGACCGACGACACCAACGACGGGACCACGACGACGUGGGAAGAGUUGCUGGUCGCCCCCCGGACGUGCCUGCAGUGCCAGGAGGGCUACACGCUGCUCGCGGGCCUGAACUACUGCAUGUACAAUGCGUAUGCGAGCGGCGUCGUCAUUAGCUUCGUGAUGAUCCUCCUCUGUUUCCUCGUGGGACUGCUCUUCUACGGCUGCUGCAAGGUGCCCGGGGACGAGAACUACGAGUACCACAAGGCCGCCGGGCUGCAGCACCGCGGGCGGCUGAUCCCGCGCCCGGUGGAGAACCCGAACACGUACUACAGCUUUUUCAAGACCCGGAUCCACUCGGAGAACAUCGCGGGCCCGGGGUUCGCACUCUACUUCAACUCCCUCAUCGGGCUGUUCGUCUACGCGCUGGUCUUAUGACACCGCACAACUCCCCCUCCCCAUCAUUUGUCAUGCAAAAUGCCCAAUCCAUAUCGAUUUCGAUCCACCAUCUGCCUCGUGGCACUGUUUGCAUGACAAGUUCUGGUACUAGCCCAAAUAGCACUACACUCGUUGGCAAAUUUGUCAUGCAAAACCGGCAUUCUUGCUGAUGCUUGUAUUGCCGUUCAUGCUAUACAAAUGAGGGGGACGGGGAGUUGUGCACAUUCAUAGGUCUCCUUCCUCCUCGUCUACGCGUGGCUGAACAACCACCACGCGGUGGUGCUCAUGUCGGAGAUGCGGAUAUCCUGUGCAAAAGUAUCGUACUCGUAGCAAUCGCAGUCGUGCAUUACAAAUCUUCACCCCAAGGCGAAACAGCAUGACAAAUUCCAUUUGUAAUGCUGAGCUAAUUUGUAUUGCAAUUACUACUAGUACGAUACUUUUGCAGUUCAUAGCGGAAGUCGUGCGCGGAUUUCCAUAUGGCGUUCUCAAAUCAGUUUUUAUACGAUUCUCAACUGUUACACGAAAUAUUAAUAUUUGUCAUGCAAAAUUUAUUCCGUAAGCCUAAGCUACCAGACGAUCAAGCUAAAUUGCAUGACAAAUGCUCAAAGGGCUAUUAAAGAACAGCAUCUGUCGUUGUGCCAAAUUGGUGGUGCAAGAGUUCUUGCAAGCAACAUUAUUGAACAAGUAGAAGGUCGCCCCUUCACUGUUGCUGUUCUUGCAUUUCUACAUACAAAUUCAUGUACUGGCAGUUGAAAAUAUAAAAGCGUUUGAGACUCCUCCAUAUUCAAAUCCGCCACGCUCGGGCUGCGCAUGCACACGCUGCAGUCCGAGUACGCCGUGAACUGCUUCGACGUGUGCUGCCUCCUGACCGUCUGGACGAUGGUGUACACCCUCGGGCUGGAAACGGUCCAGCGGUACUGGGCCGCGAACUUCCAGAAGGAGAACGCGUGCAUGCCCAACUACGUGAUGAAGCUGCGCGGGUUUCCGCCGGACGCGGUCGACCCGAGCGAGAUCCAGGCGUGGCUGGAGCUGGAAAUUUUGAAGUUUGUGCACCAGGACGAGGACCUGGACUACGUGCGGGAGCGGCUGCAACAGCGGAUCCGGCUGUACGAGGGGGAACUGCAGUCGGACGAGGAGGCGGACCAGAUCCGCGCCGACAUGCCGGUGCAGAUCUGCUACGUCAGCAUCGCCUACGACGUGUGGAACGUACCAAACCCGGACCUGCUCCGCAACAUCCUGGAGCGGCACACGGUGAUCAACGACUGCGAGUACGGGAACUACAGUCUGGACCGGGUCUACGGGACCAAGACCGCCCGGAUCGACGCCAAGUUUUUCGAGGACAUUGACCCCGAGGGGGCGGCGCGGCGCGCGGAGAUCCUGCAGCGGUGGGACGACAAAGUCGCGGACUCCAUGCUCGCCGACUUCCAGAGCGACAGCGACUUGGAGAAGGAGCAAGCCGCGGCGGCGGCGACUAGGAGAACGACCGCCCGCGGUUUUGCGGCGAAGAAGACGAUGUUGGGGGCAAGAGCGAGUACUUCAAACGCAGAUGAAGAUGGUAAUGAGAAUGGAGCCGCGCGGGAGGUACUAGUUGCCACAAGAACUACAUCUUCUGCACAACAAAAGAUGCGGUCGGGUGCAGUAGUUGGGACGCCAGAUCAUGUUGGAAAGAACCUUGUUCUACGCGGUGAUGGAGCUCCUGCUGGUGGUCCUGCCAGCUCGUCCUCUAGAGCGGGCGGAACUGAAGUUGUUGCGCGCGUCGUUGACGUGUCCGACAGUGACCGCGAUGCCGCACUGUCUGCCGCUUUUCACCGACAAGAAAAUCACAACAACCUCCGGCCGCAACGAAGCGGCCGUGUUUUCUCCGAGUCGGAAGGCGAAACGCCGGCGAAGUUCGUCCCCCAUCAUCUUCCGGAGGGCGAGCACAUGGCGGGCCGGGAUAUGGGACGGGACACGGGGUCCAGCUCCCCCAUGCUGACCGACGAAGACGAAUCUGCAGCUGAUAGUACCAGUUUGCAGAUCAUGAGUGCGGAGGAAGUACCGCGGGGGCUGCAACUACCGGGGCCGCGAGGAGCGGAAGGUGGACUAGCAGGAUCAUCUCCUGCAGCUGCGGCCCAGCAGCACCAGCGCACCACAGUUGUUCCUGGCAUCAAUAAUUCCCUCACUGGCGGCGCUGCAGCAUCUACUUCAGCACCUCGCGCGUCUUCUUCUGUAAAAAAUCUGAAUGCUCGGGCCAGUUUGAGGGCAGCGGUGGCCUCGGGCGCAGCCGCACGCAGUCGCGCUUCAGCCGCAGUUGUGGCCGCUGCCACCGGCGUGCAACAGGACGUUAAUGUUGGGGGUCCUCGUGUUGAUCCAGCACAGAGCGAUCGCACUUCAUCUAACCAACAAGGUCCACCAGCGCUACAACAUGGUCCUCCUGCUACGACAUCACCGGAGAACAAUGAGGACAAAACAAAACUGUCAGACCGGUCUUCCGGUCUCCCCGCUAUCAGAAUCACGGCCUUGGGCGAGAAGAUCAGUGGCGCGGGAAUAUCUUCGGAAGUAGACAGAAACAACUCCGCCCGGCUCCUUGGGACGACUGCUACUGCCGCGGGGAAAAAUGAAACUGAGGACCCGCGGGUGCAGCAGCUGCGCGAGCACGUGAUGGAGGAGCAACGGCGGCUGCUGUUGUACGCCGACGAUGUCGAGCGGCAGGACCCGAUUUUUGACGAGGAGAUGCGGGAGGCGCGGCAGAUGGUGGAGAACCUGGAAGCGUCCGGCGAGGUGUAUGUCGUGGUGAAGACGGUGCGCGACCUGCAGAAUCUGUCCGAGAUGUUCGACUUGAGCGAGAAGGGGUAUGGGAUUCUCAAUUGUUACAUUCUCAACUGUUCCAUGAAUUUGUCAUGCAAAAGCACCAUCAUCAUCCUCACGAUCAAGCUGCUCCGCAUGACAAAUUUGCGAAGGCCUAAACCGCACUUAGAUCUGUGCGGAAUUUGUAAUGCUACAAGUGCAACCUUCGCCCUUGCACUUUUCCAGUUCUUGCAUCACAAGUUCAUGUAACAGUUGAGAAUGUAACAGUUGAGAACGCCAUAAGGGGAAGGGGGCGCUGCACCGACUGAAACUGAACAAGUCCUUACUGAUGAAAAAGGCGGGCAUACCAUAUGUAAAAACGUCCCCACCCCAUAGUCAAGAUGGGGAAUCGGCUAGACAAAUCCACAGAUCUUGGCUGUUUUGCAUGACAAAUUUGGUCUCGUAGCGUAGUGGUGUUUGAGGUUGUUCAGCAGCGUCACAGAUCCAGUAUAGCAUGCUGAUUGGAGCAUGACAAAUUUGAAAGCGCGAACAGAAAAUGCUUCUCAUGGGGCUGCGCAUGAGAAACAUUCUCAGCAUGCAGAUUUGCAUUACAACUAUGGGGUGGGCAUGUUUUUAAAUACGAUAGGGCACCAACGACAAGGAGGGGGAAAGAUUGAACCUGCAGUGGAAGUAUCAGAUGCAAAUAUGUAGUCUGGGUGGGGGUCUGGAAAGUUGUGAUGCAAGGAAGGGAAUACGAAUAGUAAGUGAGCACACUGUAGUAUUAAUGCGCUGCCAAGCAUGACAAGCUUUUCUGUGGCUCUGAGUUGCGUACUCCGCAUAAGAAAAAGAAACUGCGUUUUUGCAUGACAUGCUCUGAGUUGCGUACUCCGCAUAAGAAAUGAAAUGAAAAUGACAGGCAAGAGGAGCUCUUUGCGGUGACGCAACAUCACAGAGUUCAGAGUCAUGCCAGCACACUAGCGUGACAAAUUUCGCAAAAAUCUCCCAGACCCAGACAAAUUUUCCCUUUGAUAGGAAGGACGGGAAGAGCGAGAUCAAGGGCAGCCUGGUGUACGACCUGCCGAUCGGGCUCAAUUGGAACUACUGCGGGUGCAGCACGAAGGAGCGGGUUGUGAAGUCCACGUUCUGGGUGGGGCUCAUGGUGGGCACGUGGAUUGUCUACUUCGUGUUGACCGACAUCUACAGCGAGUACAUCAUAUCCUGUGCAAAAGUAUCGUACUCGUAUUGCAAUCAUGCAUUGCAAAUCUUUUUCUUCCGGCUGGUAGAGCGAUACGUUAGGGCGGGGCGUAGCUACAUACAUCAAUCAAUCAAAAAAGCGGCAAAUCCCCAUUACAAAUUUUUAUUUCAUUUCUCUUGCUGAAGCUGAGAAAUUUUGAUUUGUAAUGCAUUUAUACGAGUCGAGUGAGAUAGUACUUUUGCAGUUCAUACAUCACGGCCUACUUGAAGGUGCACGGCGAGGAGCCGACGAUAGAUGUCGGACUGUACGCGUCCACGCUGCUCGGUUCCAUGGGGGGCGUCGGCAUGGUGUUGGGCUUGUGCUUGAUCAACAUUUUCAGCAGGCAGAUGAUGUUCCAGAACGAGGACGAGCGGAUUUCCGUAUCCUGAGUAAAAACGUACCCACACCAGAGUCAAGAUGGGGAAUCGGCUAGACAAAUCCACAAGUUUUGGCUGUUUUGCAUGACAAAUUUGGAUUCGUAGUGUAGUGCUGUUUGAGCUAGCUCAGCAGCAUCAGAGAUCUAUCAUACCAUGCUGAUUGGAGCAUGACAAAUUGCAAAACACGACUAGAAAAAGCUUCUCAUGGAGCUCCGCAUGAGAAACAUUUUCAGCAUGCAGAUUUGCAUUACAACUCUGGCGUGGGUACGUUUUUACUCAGGAUAUUCCGCGGAGAUGCUUUUCAAUUCGAUGUUCAUUCUGCCGGCGUUUUUGGCGUACUACUUCUACGUCACGCCCCCGGGCUAUGGAUGUGUCAGAGUUGAAAUCGAUAAAGUUGAAAUAAUUUGUCAUGCAUAAAAUGGAUGCCAGUUGGAACCCAAUUUCCAAGUGGCGCAUGACAAAUUUCGGUAGUGCCUAAAUCCAGGCUGUCAUGCUAUUUAGGCAAAGAUGAGUGAUUUUUUCAUGCUACUUUAGCAGCUCGAGCUGUAACCCCAAACAGGCUUACAAUCGGCCUCACCUGCCUGCUCUGCAACACACGUAUUUCGCGCUAUACAUUUUAUGCAUGACAAAUUAUUUCAACUUUGUCGAUUUCAACUCUGACACAUCCAUACGGGCGUCUUCAUCGAGACGGACUUGUCUUGGAAGCGCGAACAGGACUCCGGGUUCGCCUACACCCGGGUGUGGGAGGCCGGGCGGGAGGACGAGCUGGCCCGGGUGCUGUACGACACGCAGUUCGCGCAGCUCAUCAUUUUCGUCUUCGUGGUGCCCUUCUUCUUGUACGACGGCUUGCACUGGCUGCAGCGCUGGCUCUGGCGCGCGUUCGGCAGUGCGAGCACCACGGUGCGGGACGCGGAGAUGUGGCUCGAGCCGACGGAGGUGACCAUUCCGGGGGAGUACGCGAACUCGCUGGUGACCACGUUCUGCGUCUCCAUCCAGCUGAUCUUACCAAAUGCAAAAAUGUCUGGUUCUGGAAGAUUGCGAGAUUUGUCGUGCUUGUCUGGCAUGAGAAAAAAGUUUGUGAUGCGUCUCCAAGAAGAGACCCUUUUGCAUGUCAUGCAAAAAUGCCGUUUCCAAUGCGAAAAACGCAACACAAAGAAGUGCAGAUAUUUCUCAUGCUUGGCUGUGCAUUACAGAGCAUUCACUAUUCCCAACACAGCAUUACAAGUUUCCAGACCCAGCAGACAUUUUUGCAUUUGAUAGAUCUUCAUGCAGAACCACAGCUAUUCGAUCUACCAGUGGCUGGUGGUGUACGCCUUUUGGUACUACAUGUGGCAGCGGUACUGCUUCUUGAAGUGUUCCAAACCGCUGCCCAUUGCGACCUACCGCGUGGACAGCAACGCCACCUGGCAGUUUUUGUUCAUCGUGUUCAUGUACGGCAUGCUCGCGAGCUACUGGAACAACCGCGCCUCGUUGUCGGAAAACGAGGAGCACGAGCUUAUCUUUCAGUCCAAGGACCUGAUCAACCACGGGCUGCUUGGCCUCGCCUGCGUUUUGGUCAACUUGAUCCUCUUCGCCCUGUUGGAGCACUUCUUGUUGCGCAACCUCGACUCGGUUUUCGGGCACAGCGCGGAGCUGAAUCCGACGGAAUAUGACGCCGUGGAGCGCGCGGAUUCCUACUCGUACUUGAACACCAACCCGGGCAUGGUGCUCAAGUCCUGGUUCGGGCUCGACGAGACGCAAUUUCAGUACUGCGGAGAAAACAAAUAUCCACAGGAAAAAAGAAAUUACCGUAUUACACGACCUACAAAGUACAUAAAGAUGCAUGCUGGCACCAGCAAUAAAGCUGUUCGUCCUCUUCGUUCUCAGCAUGAAGACGAUUCCAACCUCAUUCAGCAGCUCAAGCCUCCUGCUGUAGGUUGCUCCUGAAGUAGUAGAGAUUUAAAUUUGAUGAUGAUGUGAUUGUGAUGCUCGUUUUUGUACCUAGAUGUAGUUUGCGGUAAAUUUGUCUUCCAUAACAAGCUGGACAACGCGUGGCGUUACAAAGACCUCAAACUGUAUUCCAUGGGAAAGGAGUACCUGUACGACCAGCGCCACAACCGGGGCCAGCGGGUUAUGGGAGUCUCAAGCGGUACAUUCUCAAUAGCUAUAUAUGACUUGCAAGAAUAUUACCAAUAAAAGUGAAAGGGGACACGGGAACCUCCUUACGCGCCUUGCAUUACAACAAAUUUCGCACAGAUGUCCGCGUUGCUGUUUGGCUCUUUGAUGCGAAUUUGUCAUGCGAAGUAGCGCGAUCGUGUCACGCUCGCGUCGGUGCUCAUGAUUGUACUAGUUUUAUUGCAUGACAAUGACAAAUCAUGAAGACCACAUCAUCUACUUGCAGUUCUUGAGAAUGUAAGGGUUGAAAAUCUGAUACGGGUGUUUCUGGAGUACUGGACGGGGCAGGAGCACGAAGAAGCGUGGAACCUUCUGGUGACCUGCUGCUGGCCGUGCCACAACUACCUUCGCUACGGGUUGCUGGUCGCGGCCUUCCUGGUCAUUCUCCUGGUCUUUCUCGCCCUGCUCGGGUUCGCCUCGGGCUUCGUGGCGCUGCUCGGCGGCCUGUACAGCCUCGGGUCCUUCAUUUUCUUGUGCCUGUUCUGGGGCACGUUGGGGUACUUCAUGCACGACGACAAGCUGUAUGACCGGAGCCGGCGGGGGAAGGGCGUGUCCCGGGGCACCGUCCGAAGGGGUCGGUUUGAGUCCGGCGUGCUGGUCGGGCAGCCGGCGCGGGCGGGCGACGAUUUGUACAGGGCGUCGUUCGGCGAGGUGCUUUCCGAUGAGGAGUACCAGCGGCGGCGGCAACGGAAGACGCAGUGGCGGGAACGAGACCAGAGGCGGACCACGGUGGCGGACUACAAUAACAACAAUUUCAUCGGCGGGGCGACUGCUGGCAUUGCUGCUGGGGAUAAUCUUAAUCUAGUUCACAGGAACAGCAUGUUGCGCGGCACAACUGUAGUUGAACUGCGGCGCAGCAAAGGAGCGGGGGCCCCUGGAACUGCUGGUCCUGGAACUGCUGCUACCGCGUCCGCUUCCGGCUACCAUUCCGCCCGUGGAACGCUAGCAGGAGGAGGUGCAGGUUUGUUUAAGGAUCUACAGAUGAAUAAAGAAUUCGGUGCUGCUCCCGGCGGUAUUAAUCAAGUAGAGCAGCAUGGUAGUAGUUCUAAUAAGGCUAACAUCGUCAAGAGCAGGCCCGGUGGGUACGAGCAGCUGUCGAUCAAACGGCAGGCCUCGGUGAUGGGAAAGCUCGACCAGACGCCGGACGUGCGGAAAAAGCUGAAGAACUUUCUGAAAAUAAGGGGCCAGCGACUGCAAGAAAAAAAGGAACGAGAGGAGCAGAAGAAAGACAAGGAGCGCGGAGGGGGAGCAGGAGGUGUUGAACUAUUAGGAACAAAUAUUAAACAGCAGGACAAUAAUAUCGUCAACAAUAAAGGAGCGCCAGCACCUCCGCCCGCUUCGUUAGGAGGUCUUGGCAAGAAGCUGAAGAAGUUUCAUCAGCUUCAUCACAAACCCGCGGCCCCGCCGGACGGGGUUUUGCACCCUGCGCCGGCUAGUGCUGGCCCCGCACUACAGCACCAGAGCUAUUAUUCGUCGAUGACCGCCAGCCAUUCGUCACUGAGCGGGGAAGAGCCGGGCAGUGCGGAUUCCAACCACAGCGCCCCCGGGCGCAGCGGUAAAAAUAAAAACGUGAAGACGCGAGCGAGCUUUGGUGGUCGAGGUAAAGAAGAGAGAUCAGGUGGCAAGAUGGAUAACUCAACAACGUCUUCGCAUAAGAAAAUGGAAAGAAGAUCGACGUGAUAGGCCGUGUGAAGCUGAAGGUUGACUGAGAUCCUCUUUUGAGUACUUUUACUUUUUCGAUCUUACUUACAGGCAUACAUGUUGUUUCAUCGUGUGAUGAUAGAUAAUCAUACCUGCUGCAUGAUAAAUUGGUUAUGAUGUCUCCUGUAUUUUUUCCCAAAAUUUGCACGAUUUUUUUUCUUCUAUUUUUGUUGGCUACGGGAUUUCUUGGUUUGUUUCUGUUUGUGUGUAGUACUAAAGACCGGCUGCACGACUUGACGGCGCCCUGAGGGCGACCGUCUUUGCUCAUCGCGAGCGGACGAGUAAUUCUUGAGCAAUGAGUAUGCCGCGUUUUUUUUUCUUUUUGCACAUAAUCUUAAUCAGUUUCAGUAGCCGCACACACAAGCGAGACGGUGCUUCAUAAUUUUCGAUCCCCAAGUAGAAUACCAAGAGAACGAUCAUGAUGGCAAAAAUAUCUUCUCUUAAUGUCGGCUAGUAAAUGUCAAAUCUGUACCUGAUUCGCCGGAAUUGUCAUGGACGGUCACACUCUCCAUCAACA